AGUGGUGAUGUAUCUUGAGUGUUGAGGAAGUGAAGUGAAGAGCUGGGGAGAUAUUUACCGACUUUCAUUUACAAAUGCCUGGGAGCCCUCGACAGAUGCUGAAGUCAUUAGGAAGUGAUCACAAAUACACUACAGCAGUAUCACAGGCCGCCUGUCACAGGAGGCAAAAUACAGCACAGGAGACCAAGCAGUGUUGAUGUUGAAGAUCUAGAAAAACAUCAGGCUUGAAACUUGUAUGCAGAUGGUAACACAUCAUCAGCUCACGUCAAUUACAACAGCUAGGAUGUAAACAACUUCAUAUUCAUAGCUCAAAUACAUAUAGUUGUGAAUCUUCAGUUUAACUAAACUAUGAUUGUUCAUUCAACCAGUGCUUGAAUAUGCAGACUUUGUUGGGCAUGAGUGGAUAUAGUAAAAAGGAUACAAAACUCUAGGAAGUUUUUCAAAUAGAUUCAACAAGGAGAUUUCACAUGAAGAAUCAGUAUCACAAAGGAAUGACCUCUGCCACUUUAAAGAUCUAAAGGCCAAGGUCAUUAGCUCACAUUAGUAUGCAGUAAGACUGAUGUAGUGUGAGAGACAAAUGAUCUAUGUUCCCAGUCAGUGCUUGACAGUUGAGAUUUUACAGACACAUGAUGACACAUGUGUAGGAGUCUUCCAGGACAAUUCUUUUUCGUAAAAGUCGCAGUUUACCUACAUCUGUAGUGUGCGACUGCACUUAUGUGUUGUGGUGACUGUGUGAAAUCUGUACUGGAAUGAAGAAAUCAGUGAACAUUGUCUAAGGGAGUUAACCAUCAUGGGGAAGGGACAAUCCAAAUCAUACGACUUCACUGCGGGUGAUACAGUGAAGAAAAGGUCUGGUAGUAAGAAAUCUAAUGGUGUUGAAGCCAGGACUUCAAAAACUAUCGACCCCGAUUCUGUGAUUUCCUCUCCAUCCACUAAACCAGAAAAUGGUAAUAGUAAACCUAUAAAUAGAACCAGUCUCCCCAUCACCAAGGAGGAGCCGAAGAAGGAGACUAGUGUUAAUGCAGAAGACAAAUUUGGUGCUGUGAACGGUGAACAAAUCACUUCAGACACCAAACAGUCUGACAAAUCUGAUGAAAUAGAUAUUACUCCUGAUGUUGAGACUACAGAUUUUGUAACACCUCGUAAUAGUGCUAUUGUAAUAUCAGAAGAAAAAACAAAUAAACCUGAGAUCUCUGAGGAAGGUACAGAGAAAGCAGAGGAAAGCAAAGAAGAAACUUCAAAGUCAGAACCCACAGAACAAGGUCCUUCGCAGGAGGAGGAUCUUCAGAAAGAAGUUGAAAAAGAGGUUGAGGAUACUCAGAAAGAGACUGAAGAGUCAACAGAAAACCAGCAAGACGCUGAAGAAUCUCAGAAAGAGGCAAAAGAGCUAACAAAAAACCAGGAAGAAACUGAGGAGUCAGAGGAGCAAGAUACAAAAGAGGAGAAGACAGAGGGAGGAACUGAGGAGACAACAGAGUUAAAAACUGAGGAGGUGCCAUCAGAGACUAUCACACAACAAGAUUCCCUAGAGGAGGCACCACAGCAAGACAUUACAAAGGAGGCUAACCAGGACACCACAGAGGAAGCACCACCAGAGGAGGCUACCCAAGACACCACAGAAGAAGCACCACCAAAGGAGGCUACCCAAGACACCACCGAAGAAGCACCACCAAACACCUUGGAUGAGCCAGCUUUAACUGCCACAGAGGAGACACAUCUUGAACAGCAGGUAGAGGAGGAUACAAGCAAAGAGGAGAAGGUACCAGACAAAGAGGACGAGGAACCAGAAAAAGAGGCGGAGGAACCAGACAAAGAAUUAGGAGAAACUGUACACAUUGCCACACUCAGUGUAGGCGAGGAGCAACAGGAAGAUCCAACGGAAGACAUGGCCAACACAGUGUCAGCAGUUGUCUGCAACGAAUCAGAUCUCAAGGAUGGGGACAUGAAGGAGUUUGACCUUGGAGAUGGAAAGGUCCUUAUUGUUCGUGAGGGUUCAGAAUUUCAUGCCCUUGGACCUAAAUGUACACACUAUGGGGCCCCACUUGUCAAUGGGAGCCACUGUAAUGGGAAAAUUCGCUGCCCUUGGCAUGGAGCAUGCUUUAGUGUGAAAACAGGGGACAUAGAAGAUUUCCCUGGCCUAGAUAGCAUUCCCAAGUUCAAGGUUGAUGUUACUGAUGGCAAGGUCAAGGUCACUGCUGAUAAAUCAACUCUUGCUGUUCCUAAGGUUCAACGUGCAAUGUGUCGAGCAACUAAACCUAGUGACAAGAAAGUCCUCAUCAUAGGUGGAGGGCCAUCAUCUGUGAUGUGUGCUGAAACACUGAGACAGGAAGGAUUUACUGGAGAAAUUACUAUAGCAACACAAGAAAGUAACAUUCCAUAUGACAGACCCAUUCUUAGCAAGGCAAUGGACAAAAAAGCGGAUCAAUUAGCUCUAAGAAGUGCAGACUUUUAUGCCAAAGCCGAUAUUGACAUUCUGAAACAGAAACAGGCCACUGCAGUAGACAUAACCAACAAGACGGUCACUUUCCAAGAUGGCAGCACAGAGUCCUAUACCUCUCUGGUCCUAGCCACUGGAGGGCGUCCUCGAGUGUUACCUGUCCCCGGAAUCGACCUACAAAACGUGUUUCAGCUGAGAACUCCAGAAGAUGCGAAUCAGAUUGCUGAGAAGGCCAGUGGCAAAAAUAUUGUCAUCAUCGGGUCCUCAUUUAUUGGGAUGGAGGUGGCGUCUUCACUGGCGGGCACGGCUGCCACUGUGUCAGUGGUGGACAUUAUCAAAGUCCCCUUCCAGCUGGUUCUCGGAGAAAAAGUGGGAUCAGUGUUACAGAAGAUGCAUGAAGACAAUGGAGUCAAGUUUUAUUUUGAGAGGGGGAUUAAAGAAUUUGUAGGGAGUGAUGGCAAAGUGACAGAGGCUGUGUUAUCAGAUGAUACACGGUUACCAGCUGAUCUGUGUGUUAUGGGAGUAGGUGUUGUCCCCGCUACGGACUUCAUCAAAGGUUCUGGCAUAGAAAUGUCGAAUAGAGGAUUCCUCUCUGUUGAUAAAAUGAUGCAGACAAACCAGCCUGAUGUAUAUGCUACUGGAGACAUUGUGGAAUUCCCACUCUUCAGUGUUGGAGAUAAUAAAGUCAACAUUCAGCACUGGCAGAUGGCUCAUGCACAUGGUAAAACAGCAGCCCUUGGAAUUUUGGGAAGAGAUGAACCAAUCAAAAGUGUUCCCUAUUUUUGGACAGUGCAGUACAAGAAAAGCAUUCGCUACACGGGUUACGGCCCAGGCUAUGAUGACAUCAUUGUGCAUGGUGACCUGGAUGCUCCCAAGUUCAUUGCCUACUACACAAAAGGUGAUGAGGUUGUGGCAGCUGCCAGUUUGAACUUUGACCCAUUUGUGUCACGCAUUGCUGAUAUGAUGCUGGCCGGGGAGAAGAUCCUCAAAAGCGAAGUUCAAUCCAGUGCAGAUGGUUGGGUGUCACGAUUUGAAAAGCUCUCUGUGAAAGCUUGAAAACAGUGUCAUCAGAACAAAUCAUUACUUCCUGUUUGACAGAAGAAAUCAUUACUUCCCGUUUGACAGAAGAAAUCAUCACUUCCUGUGUGACCAAUGCAAUAAUCAACUGCUUAAUUGCUCAUCACAUAUAAUUAUCAAAGGAAUGGAUUGUCCUUCACCUCUCAUUUCACUAGGGCUUCAGAAAUCUGUGGCUGCAUUUAAUCGAUAUCAUCUCAGUGAAACCUUGGGAAAGUGCUUUGUACGUUUUAAAUACUUUAAAAGUGAGUAAUUGUUAUGGUUAGUGGGUGCAGAAAGAUUUAUUGAAUUAGUUUAUAUACAAGACGUUACCAUUUUUGUUAUCAAUAAAGUAUCAUUAUACAUAUAUCUUAGGAAAUAUUUUAUUCAAUAAAUUUAUAUAACACAAAACAAAA